CCGUGGGGGUGGGGAGGAAGAGCAGGGCUUGUUCAAUGCUAUGCUAAUCUUUUAAGCGCUCUUUUCUUGCGCUACGCUGCUUUUUCUUUCUUCUCCAUUCUCUUCACACUAAGGAGUGGGUGGCUCAUCCGGCAGCAACAGGAGGAGGCUAAGUCCGGGGCAGCUGUCAAAACCCCCCUCCCCCUCCCCCUUCCCAGUUUAAUGAUCAAACGCCUGGCUAGGAAGAAAGGCAGGAACCAGCAGGCGCAGAGGCUCUGCCUGCCCUGCACUGUCACAUCACACGCUCUGUUGUGUGUGUGUGUGUGAGUAUCCCGCUCCCUCCCCUCCGCUGACAACCGUCUCCGCAGCCAGAGAGGAGGAGGAGGAGGCAAAGCGUCUAUUGCUCUCAGUUACUCUCUCACUUACUCAUUGCUGAAAGGUGGGCGGAGGGUACCUUUCCCCCUGGUGCCUUUUCUCACGUUGACAAGCUGGGGCCCAGCAUCGGAGAGGGGUGGGAAAAAGAACAAAGAAAGAAGAGGAGGGAAAGCACCAAAUCCGGACCAAACAUCCCAGGCAGAAGGAAGCUGUCAGCUCGCGGUGACACAACACACAGCCCAUUGAAGCGCCCGGGGUAGCAGCCACGGCUGGGAAGGGAGCCCUCUGCCCGCCUUCCAAGUUGCAAAGCGGAGAUUGCUCCGCAAGCAAGAAAAGGCGACUUGAUUUGUGCGUGGGGUGCCCGUUGGGUAGCAAGCCUUGCCAGCUGGUGCAGUCCGGGGCUCGAGACCACGAUGAAAAGUAAAAAAGGUGUAGCUGCAGUAUCUGGCAGUGAGACAGAGGAUGAUGACACCAUGGAUGUCCCACUGGAUCUUUCCUCUUCCACUGCCUCAGGCAAACGGAGGAGACGUGGUAACCUGCCCAAGGAGUCAGUGCAGAUUCUUCGGGACUGGCUGUAUGAGCACCGAUACAAUGCCUAUCCAUCAGAGCAAGAAAAAGCACUACUGUCCAGACAAACACACCUCUCUACACUACAGGUCUGCAACUGGUUUAUCAAUGCACGCCGCAGGCUUUUACCUGACAUGCUGAGGAAGGAUGGCAAGGAUCCAAAUCAAUUCACUAUCUCACGAAGAGGGACCAAGAUUUCUGAAGGCAGCCCAGUGGAGUCUUCCACAGGCACAAAAAACUACAUUCCACUGUUGGAAGAGAACUCAUUUCUUUCUGGUACCACAGGACUAAACAAGGCUGUCUCUUCUAAACCUUCUUCCCCAGGAUCUGUUUUGGCUCGACCUUCAGUGAUUUGCCAUACCACUGUAACUGCAUUGAAAGAUGCCCCUUUCCUUUUGUGCCAGCCAGCUGGUGUAGGCCCGACCACCGACCUGCAGCAGACAUCAGCUAGCAGAUUCACAGACAACCCUCUUGAAUACCACGAGGAUGCUUCUAAACUAGGACCUGGUACAAAUGCACAAAGUGGCCUUUUCAACACUCCUCCUCCUACCCCACCAGACCUCAACCAAGAUUUUAGUGGAUUUCAACUUCUGGUGGACGUUGCACUCAAAAGGGCAGCAGAGAUGGAGUUGCAGGCAAAACUUAUGGCCUAAUCCCCCCUUUUUUUUCAGGCAGGAAUUUAACAAAUAUGUGAUUAUUGCUGCCCAUGUGAUAUCAAAAGACUAACUGCAUUUUUUAUUAUUAUUAUUAAUCUUAUUUGCACAAGGGAUUGCUGAAAUGAAGCUUCCUGUCACUGAGGUGGUCUUCAGUGAAAUAUGGUCAUUCCAAGAAUUAUAAACUUAAAACUACUGUAGAAACAAAGGGUGUUUUGUUUGUUUGUUUGUUUUUUUAUGUUUCUUAGUAGGUUUUUCAUAAUGUGAGAUGGUUCCCAAGAUCAUGUGAUUUUUGUUUUUGUUUCUUUCAGACUGUGCAAUAUCUAGUAAUGAUGUAGACUUCUUAUCAUUCCCGCGUGGAACAGAAUAUACCAACAUGCUGUCUAAAACAAAUGUUCAGUUUUUUUAAACAAUAUGAACCUGGAUGAUUAUGCUUUUUUUCCACGAUGUAAUAAAAUAUUUUCUUUAAAAAUGGA